AUGGUCGCGACAUUUUCGCCACACCGGGAUGCCGGCGGCACCCUCCAUCUCCCCUCCCCGACAGGGAUGCAUCAUGUUGAUGCCAGUUCCGCAAUAAGACAGCUGCGUCGAUCCUUGUCGCGCUCACCAUCCAAGAGUUCGGACUUCCGCCUGCUGCCGUCACGAACCCACGCGCAAACCCCGAAUGCGCCCUUCAUCUCCUCCCCCCUCUCACCGUCACGGAGAACACACCAGGGAAGCCUGUUCCUUGUUCCAACAACAUCGAGUUCAUCAUCAACUCCCGUCGCCAUUUCAUAUUCCCCAAGCGCAAAGAUCAGCAAGCCGGCUAUGCGCCGAACUGGCUCGCUACAGAGCACCCGGACGCGAACUUCUCCCAAGAGCCCCUCCAAACGCGCAUUGAACAUCUCCAGCGAUCAAGGUAAUGCGACUCCCGCCCAGCCUUCAGUGAUCCCCUCCGGCGAGGAGAAUAUCAUCUCAAAGGCCGUCGCAGAAGCACAGGAGAACGGCCCGCCCCCGGAUCACGUCCUUGCCCCGUCGGAGGACACCAGCCUCGCGCCCAAGCCCGCCUCCGCUCGAGUUGAGAAGCGGCGGAGUGGGAAUCUCGGAUCAAUCUCGUCCACCGUCAGUCCUCUAAAACGCAGCGACGGCAUCAUGAAUCUUGAUCAGGCCAGCUUCGAGAGCCCGUCAGCCAAGAGGCGUAGUCUUCACGGCGCCAGCUCGACUUCGGACUUCAACAUCUUUGACAGUACUGAUGACAAUCAAAAUGGAUCCGAACCACUGGAUGGUUCAACGCGCGACAACGACGCGCAAAACAGUGCCGUUCCCCAGUCACCAGCGAGCCCAUUCGCGACGAUUCCAAGGCGAACCUCCUCGUUGAGGAGGUCCACUCUCCAACAGCGUCAAAGUGAUCGGCCCUUUUUCGCUCGAUCACGACUGCUGAAUGCCGAAAACUCCGAAUCACCGCCUGCUAGUCCGGCCGUGAGACACCGGAUGUCUCUCGACAGCAGCCUUUCCAUGGCGUCCGGGCGCGAGAGUCCGUUCGCCUCUUCAGCCCCAUUUUCGUCGGGCAGUUCGCUGUUCUCGUCGAACCAAAAUGGUGCUACAGCAACACCUCAUGCGGCGCAUCCUCUGUCGCGCACCAUCACCCAGUCCUCGUCGAGUUCCAGCGUGGCAGAUGAUUCGCCCACUCAUGAACCCAUCCACAAGGGGGAGCGGCCAAGACCUGUUUUCAACUUCUCCAAGUCCCUUCCUGCCGGUGCUACGAGACCAGGCGCUGGGCGCCAGUUCACUCGGACAGACUCCAACUCGUCCUCCGAAUCCUUUGCGACACCGGAGAAUUAUAAGCUUGUCAAACCUCUUCCGGCCGCCUUCAUGUCGACCGGUUUGAUCUCGAAGAAGAACCGGAACGCCGAAGAUUUGCAGAAUCCGUCGGGUCUCGGCAAGAACAUGCCAGACACACCCUGCAAAAAAUCAACCAACAUGCUUCCCACUGGGCAGAAAGCGCUACCGGUACGGCCCAUUGAAAAACCGAAACUGGUGCGCCAGUCUCUCGCGACUCCUUCUACGCCGUUCAAUUCACAGCAAUCGUGCCCGACUCCGGGUCCCUUUGCCCGGGGUACGGGCAUCUUCGGCAGCGCAUUUGAUCGGCCCGGGACCUCGCGUCGGGAUAGUUUUGUCAGCGUUGACGGCGACGAGUCACAGUCUCCGUCGAUGCGACACGACAACCAGUCGCUCCCGGAUUGUGACUUGCCUCCAACACCGACCAAGCAGACCUUCACUACCAGCCAUGGUCCGUUCUCUCUUGGAUCAGGCACUCUUCAGGUUGCCUCUCUCGAGGGACAGUCAGAACCGCAAGCGUCUACUCCGGGCGCGUUGAAUGAGAAUCUUGAUCAUCCGUCUCCACGAACUCCAAAAGACAGUAUCCUUCCGCCAGAUCCCAGUGGAUUAUCAAUCUCUGCUCUCAAUGACCCGCCAAUGGGUAACGAGGACUUCAACUCGUCCACCGUUACUUUCCCGGCCACUCCAACUGCGCCCCGCGACUACUUCUCUCAGGUUGGAAAACGCCUGAGCCUGUCGCUAGGCGGCUAUAAGGCUCCGGAUGUGGAUCCUAUCCUGACGUCGCGUUUUGAUAAGGUCGAGCUCAUUGGAACCGGCGAGUUCUCGGAAGUAUAUCGCGUCUCCAAGUCUCAGGAUGCUUCACCGUACAAAUCGAUCUUUUCGCUCCCCAACAAGGGCACCAACUCACCGACGACACUGCCAGAAAAGGUGUGGGCUGUCAAAAAAUCAAAACAGCCCUACAGCGGCGCCAGAGACCGUGAACGCCGGCUUCGUGAAGUGGAAAUUUUGAAAUCUCUGACCAAUUCUGACCACGUCAUUUCUUUCGUCGACAGUUGGGAGGAUAAGGGACACCUCUACAUCCAGACAGAAUUCUGCGAGGAGGGCAGCCUAGAUGUUUUCCUUGCCCAGGUUGGAUUGAAAGCUAGACUGGAUGACUUCCGAAUCUGGAAGAUUUUGCUGGAACUGUCUCUGGGAGUGAGGCAUAUCCACAACUCCGGCUUCAUUCAUCUCGAUCUGAAACCGGCGAAUAUCUUGAUCACCUUCGAAGGCGUGCUCAAGAUCGCCGAUUUUGGCAUGGCAACGCGCUGGCCCGCUGAAGAGGGCAUCGAAGGCGAAGGGGAUCGGGAAUACAUUGGACCCGAAAUUUUGAUGGGACGCUACGACAAGCCUGCGGAUAUAUUUGCACUUGGACUCAUCAUGUUCGAGAUUGCAGGAAAUGUGGAGCUUCCCGACAAUGGAUUGUCGUGGCAGAAACUCCGAAAUGGCGACAUGAGCGACGUCCCGAGCUUGACGUGGAGCUCCGAAACCAGCAUCUUCCGAGACGCAUCGGGCAACCCCCUGUCAGAAGAGGCGUCCUUCGAGGAGUUGUGUGCAUCUGACGCUGGGGAAGAUGACCUGGGCGGAACCGACGACAUGGACAAUGCCAAACCUCGACCGCGCAAGCCUGUCCGACUCGUGCGAAGCGGGGAGCUCGUUGAGCCUCCGAGCUUCAUGGUUGAUGCCAACCAUGAUCAUGCUUUGGACAAAAUCGUCCGGUGGAUGAUUUCACCGAAUCCUGAUGACCGGCCUACCGCCGACCAGGUUUUGCAAACUUACGGAGUGCAGUGGGCGGAACGCCGGCGGCGUGCCGGAGCAACUGUCUUUGAAGGCAACUGGGGCCCGGCUGACGAAGUGCUCGCUGAGGAUGCCGAGAUGAUUGAUGUUUGA